CGAACAUGUUAAUCAGCUAUAUGAAUCUAAAGAGCGAGCGUUGUUCUGGAAUCUUUAUGGGCUGCUGAAUGUAUUACAGUGUGGCAGCUGCAGCAAGUAGCACUGCCAGCUAGCCGACCUGGAAAUUGCAGCUGCUGACAGAGCCAGCUCUUCCCCAUCAAAUUUGUACAGCAUUCGGUGCCGCACACCAUGCUUGGAAAUGGCGAGAACAAGUGUGUCGACAAGCACGGCUAAAUUGACGCCGCAUUAUACGAUGGGUCCUAAGAAAACAGAAAAAGCCCAGCGAUCUGUCACAUUUGGGAAAUAUUAUACUACUGCAUUUUCGGAAGCUGGUAGAGUAGCAUUUCCAUUGAUGAUAAAAGCGGCGGCUCAAGAGCUUGUUGGGGUUUCGUGGGAAUCCAACAAUCCGCUGUGGUCGAAGCAGGACUGCAUGCGCAAUGACGAACGCACUGUAAUGCGCCACCUGAAAACGUAUUUUAAGAGCAUACUUGGAAGUCACCCUCUGGAACUUGAUCACGAGUUACCUGCGAACUUCGAAGGAAAUGGAGAGGAGUAUUGCAGCGAAGAUCCCCUCUUCAAACCCAGCGAGCGGUGGCAGGUGGCUUCCGAUGAAUUAAAUGUGCAGGAAAAUGUUUCCAACAAUUCUAAAGUUUCCGGCAUUAGCAUAACCAAAAGCGGACCUUUUGGUGGGCGUUCUCGGUACAAUGCCAACUUUAUACUGCCUUCGUACAAAGGAUUGUACACAAGAAUUUUCUACAACUGGAAAGCCAAGAUGGAUGCCGAAGCAGCAUUCGAAGGUGCUAUGGAAGAACAACAAACUACUGACAAAUCAGCUGAUGGAGGUCAUUCGAAAAGAUGUAUACCAUAUUCGGCUUUACACAUGCAUCGAAAACCGAAAGUGCAACGAAUCGCAUUACGAAAAGGCGCAUUUGUGCAGAAGCCGAACCAUACCCAACGAAAAGCCAAUCGAAAUGAUUUGAGACAAAAAAGUGCAAGAAGUCUCCAUUCCGUACCGUCAUCCAGAAGGAAACACUGCCAAUACACCAGAACCAAAACUGCGAUACGCACUGAUCUUGUUAAACAGAAUGUCUCAGACUAUCAACUUAAAUCUAGGAAGAGACGCGUCGGACGCAGCUUAAAUUUUGGAUAUCACGUUUCGCAAUCGCUAUCAACGACUGACUACACUGGUAUACCGAAACCUUCUUCAUCAUCAACAGACAUUUCAACUUUGCAAUAUAUGUUGCGCGGCGUUUCUUCGGGAAAAGUCAGCAGAAGAGUGAACGAGGACACUGAAUUCCUGGAGAAAUUAAGAUUGAUGCCGUCUCUGUUAUCGGAGUUCAACGACAAGGUGUUGCGGGUUACCAUACGCUUCCCUAACAAACAUUUAGGCGCUGCUCGGGAAACAAGCUUAACUGCAGAAGAAAGCAUUGCAAAGCAAAACCAUGGGGAGAAAUGGAGAUCAGUCAAGCAGAUGAAUUUAGACCGAAUUAUAUUUGACUUUUCUCUCGCCGACAUCAAUAUUCAUGAUGACGGAAUAGAAAUGCUGAUUAACCAGUUGGAUUCGUGCCCAUCGCUCACAAACGAAAAGAGACCUAGAAUUAACGGCAUUUCCAGCGUAUUCACCGCAACUUUUAUCGAUCAAAACAGUGCUAAAGGGCAGUGUCCGGAAGAUGGAACUUUGGGUGACACAGAGUGCUCGAAUCAAGUAUCUCGCGAUUCACCCACCUGGAAAAACGGUGCAGCUAGCAAUUCGUUAUUAAAUCUUCUUGAGAAUGAUAACUUAGCAAAUGUACGUCCACCACUGAAGUUUUUGUUGACGCUUAUUCGUCGAAUUCCGUUCCCGGUGUUUGCAAAAGAAAACAGCAGUGAUCCAGUUAUACUGGCCCGGAAUCGCGCGGUGAUGCAAGGUUUUCUACAAAGUAUCCAGAAUUUCUUCCAAAAUGCAGUGGAGUUAAGAGAAACAGCGUUCGGAAAGCUUUUUCGUUCUUUGCGCCACUUGCAUCGCAGUUGCGAAAAGAAGCAACACCAGUAUCUGGAAGAUUUAGCAGAAACACGAAGAUUUCGUCGAAGACUUCUGAGAGUAAUAAAACUCCUGGAACUGCGAAGAUGGGAUGCGUUUACGCAACCGUUCAAUCAAAACAAGGCAGUGAAUGAACUUCGAAGAAAGCGCAAUAUGUGCCAAAAGCAAAUCGCGCUGGCCGAAAGUUCGUGGGAACACCAUGUAGAGCAGCUCCACAAAAAACUUUUUGAUACUUAGCUUUUAGCUUCGGGGCGGCGGGAUAGCGGGUUGCUAUAGCAACAAAAAUCAAAAGGAACAGAGGCUUUAUUAAGGGAUUAGCAAAUCGUCGUAUUUGUACUACAUGCUUUUGACACUAUCCUACCAUGGCCAAUCCGGCAGAGAGAUCUAUUGGUACACCGCAGCGCAAUGCUCCCCAAACUGUCAUGAGCCAGUCAUUGACGCGACCAGGUGCCGCAAAACUAAAGCUUGGUCAGUAUCGCCGAAGCCCUUUAUCAUCUGCCGAUGACAAAAAACAAAUCGCUACCGGACCCACUGAUGCUACUGCUACAGCUUUUAAACAACAUCUAUCGAAUGGCAAAUGGUUGCCAGGUAACCGCGCCCCAGGUAACCCUGCGUCCAAGGACAGCUCGAACCGACAAAUGACAAUCCAAACCACGACUAGCGAUGGAAUUUCUAGUUCUGCAAUAUUGCGACAAAAACUCUUGGGACUGAGUUCAUCAAAAGCUGCUGAACCAAAUGCUUCCAGUGACUUAUGGGUGACGGAAAAGCCGGAGGUUGUGCCUACAAAGCCAGCUUGGCCUAAGAGGGUUUUGAUGUCGCAAAGGUCAAAACCGAAAACCCAGGUACUCUCAAAUACGAGAGCGUAUCCGUUGCGCAAAUCCGUAGGGAGACGAAUUAUUAAGCGAAGGAUUCUGCUUCCGCAGAACACUGUUUCGGCUAGUCAAAAGGCUCAAAAUACCAGCGAUACCACUGACGAUGUUCUGAAGGACGUUGUGGAACCGUUUGCCACGUUUUCGUUGCAAGAGAAACCUGACUGUCCGAAAUCGCUGAAGGACGAUCCGACACCUUUAAAUCUGCUAUCCGUAAAAGCCACCGGCAGCUCGGGGUUUCACUUCGUCAGAGAGAGCUAAGUGUCCACGAUAACCAACGUGAAACUUACUGUUCUGGUUUUGUAAAAUAUAAGCUUUGUUUUUCCGGGGAAGUCCCAUACCCAAAUCAACUGUGAUAUAUACAUUGUUCUCCUGUUUUUACUGCGCUUUUUUUGUCUCUCUGUGAGAACUGGAGUAUGCUGGAGAUAUGAGGCCGUCAUACGAAUAUGAACGGUAUCCAUAAUACAAUGAAUUAUUGUUAAUUAAUGACAAA